GCCAGCACCGCUUCCGGCUGGCGGUCGCCAUCUUGCGUCCUGGCGGGAGCCGCUGCCCGCACUAAAGAUGGCGGUCACGGGUGGGCGUGACUAGCGACCUAGACCGCGCGGGCCCAUGUCGGCGACCGAGGAAUUCAGGCGGGAGGGCCUAGCGAAGCAGGUGGAAGGAGAAGAGGAAGAGGCAGAGCAGUUCGUUCUGGUGGAGUUGUCAGGAAUUAUUGAUUCAGACUUUCUCUCCAAAUGUGAAAAUAAAUGCAAGAUUUUGGGGAUCGACACGGAGCGGCCCAUCCUGCAGUUGGACAACUAUGUCUUUGCCGGAGAGUAUGAAGAUACUCUUGGGACCUGUGUUAUAUUUGAAGAAAAUGUUGAACAUGUGGAUACAGAAGGCAACAGUAAAACAGUGCUGAAAUAUAAGUGUCACACAAUGAAGAAACUCAGCAUGACCAGAACUCUCCUGACAGAGAAGAAAGAAGGAGAGGAAAGCACGGGAGGAGUUGAGUGGCUGCAGCUGAAGGAAAAUGAUUUCGCCUACCGUCCCAACAUGAUCUGUAGCUUUAUCCAUGAAAAUGAAGAUGAAGCUGAAGCUCCAGCCUCAAAAAAACGUUUGAGGGUGGAAGAGCAAGAGACUAAUGUGAAAGAGAGUUCACACCUCAUCUGUGACCAGCAGAAAGCACCGGAAGCAGAGGAUUCUGGUCCUCCUGUUGGCCUCUCUUCUGAGAUGGAAGGUCUCACGCUGUAGUCCGAGCUGGACUUGAACAUGCCGUGUUGUCUAGGUUGGCCUUGACUUCAUAAUGUUCCUGCCUCAACUUCCUGAGUACGGUUAAAAUUUUAAAACAGGAAUGGUGGCCCACACCUGUAACUCCAGCUGCUCGUCAGGCUGAAGCAGGAGUUCAAGAUUACCUGGGCAACUUAGGGAGACCCUGUCUCCCAACAAGGGGGUGUGUUGGGGAUGUAGCUCCGUAGUAGAGCACUCCUGGGUUUGCUCCCCAGGAUCACAGAGCAAUAAAGUUUACAUGACUACA